AGAAACAAAAGCUAUGAGAGACCGAACGCAGGAGCUGAGAGAGAAAGAUGACGAAUCCGACAAUGAAGAUGUUGAACGUGUGGCUCUUGUCAUACAGCGUGGAUCAGCAAAACACAACUCCCCUGAUCCUACCGAUGAAUUUUUCCAAAUGACACGUGGCAUCCGUGAAGCCUUGAAGACACUGGAAAGCAAAGUGAAGGACCUAGAGAAAAACCAGACUACGAUCCUGGCUUCACCAAUCCCCGAUGACAACACGAAGCAAGGCCUGCAAAAGCUGCGCGAAGAGAUCGAGCAGUUGGCGAAAGACACCAGAGCCCGUCUGAAGAAAAUUGAGCCUACGAAAGAGGAACAAGAUGAAAACAGAAAUUCAUUCAACAACCGAAUGAAGAGGAAUCAGCAUGGGAUCCUUACCCAACAAUUCUUGGAUCUCAUCAAUAAAUGCAACACCAUACAGUCUGACUACCGAGACCGCAAUCUGGAGCGCAUCAAACGGCAUCUACAGAUUACUGGUAGCACGGUGGUAUCUGAUGAAGAGCUGGAUCAGAUGCUGGAGAGCGGCCAGACAGAAGUAUUUAUUUCAAAUCUCAUGAAGGACACCCAAGUGACAAAGCAGGCUCUGAACGAGAUCGAAACCAGACACAGUGAAAUUCUGAAAUUGGAGCGCAGUAUCCAGGAGCUGCAUGACCUGUUUAUGUUCCUGGCUACAGAAGUGGAGCUGCAGGGAGAAACGAUUGACAGGAUAGAGAAGAACAUUCUAGACUCCGGGGACUACGUCAAGAAAGGGCAGCAGCACCUUCACACAGCUCAGGAGAAUCAGAAGAAAGCGCUCAAGAAGAAGUUCAUGAUUGGCAUCUGCUUGACCAUCACAGCAUUCAUCCUUAUUCUCAUCAUCAUCCUGGCUGUUACACUUUAGAAGGAACUUCCCACUGGUGUCUUCCUUCAUGCUGCAUGAUCAAAGCCUGGCGGAUUUCUGCCGCAUCUCUAUCCUGGAAUUGUUCCCCCCAUCACUGGGGAGGCCUUUGCACUAAAGAUGACCGGUAGGGCCCCUCCAGCCCCUCCAGUCCUGAAAGCACAUGCUGCCUACGCCUAGAAACCUCCCCUACGUUCAAAACCACGUCCAGGUGCCUAUAACAGUCAUAAUCUAGAAGACGGUCUCUGCUCCUUUGGUUUUGACCUUUCCUCAAUGUAUAUUGUAGUCUUGACUCAUCCUUUUAGAAACUGUAAUCAGUCACUUCCGUGAAAGUAUCCUCAAAGAAAGAAUCCUUUUUUGUUGUUGUUGUUGUUUAUUCUUGUAAAGACGCAACACAGCAACUCCAGAAGCAAGCCUACUUUUCCUUUUACUCAUCAUGGCACUUUCUCCCCACCCAGUUCUCUCCCAGCACCUUCCUCAACCUGUCACAGUUCAUGCCGUUGUCACUUUUUUAAAA